AUGUACUCUGCUCAUAUUAUCGUAUCUUCCAACCAAGAGUCUGCAUCACUUUGGGAAUUUGUUGACAAGAAUCUGCCAUUACAUAGAGCUCCGGUCAUAGAAAGCUUGCGUCUCGACCUCUAUUUUGUUGAACCUGAAAAUAUCAAACGGUGGGUUGAGAUUUCGGUUUCUCGCAAUGUACGUGAGCUGGAAGUUUCUUAUAAUUCGAACACCAAAAACACAUUCCCGGGAAGCUUCUACACCUGCGCAUCGCUCGUGAUCUUGAAACUCAGAUUCGUGAAUGUCAUGGAUGUUCCCUCAACGGGUUGUCUUCUCUCUCUGAAAACCUUGGACCUUGAACAUGUCAAAUAUCAUCAAGAAUCUCUCCAACGGCUUCUAUCUAUGUGUCCUGUUCUUGAAGAACUAUCGGUGAAUCUUGGUGAUGCUAAUUAUGACACUGUGAGAGAGUUCACUAUUAUCGUCCCUUCUUUGCGGAGUUUAUCAUUCUUAACGCCUAAUUACUGGCCUUUAGAUGGGUAUGUGAUAGAUACUCCUUCUUUAGAGUAUUUCAAACUUGAGGAUUGGAAUGAUAGGGAACAUUACGCUGAGAUUAGGAAUAUGCCAAAGUUGAAGGAAGCAUAUGUUGAUGUUGUAUCCUUUGAUCUCAAGAGUCUUAUUAGAUCAAUCACAUCGAUUAAGCGUCUUACUAUAUGUUCUGAGGAUGAUGUGUCUGGUGAUGGUUUUGUUUUCAAACAUCUUGAACAUCUGAAGCUAUGUGCCUGCAAAAAGGAUUCUUCGACUCUCCUUGGCCAAUUGCUCCAAGUUUCUCCAAACUUACGAGUGUUAAACAUCUGUGUGAUAGAAGUAAGUUCUACCUCCGCCACUGCCAAAUACAACAGAUUGCUCAAAGACGUAACUAAACCAAAUACACCAGGGAGUGUCUGA